AAAAAAUCGAAUAUUCAGAAGUUGUGGUAGGCAAUGAAAAAGAUGAUUAUGACGAUGAUAGUGAUAAAAAUAUCAUAGCUAAUAUACGAAAUCUCUUCGAUACCAUGUCUCAAAGCAAAUCAACUCCAUUUUCUUUGGAUGACGAUAUUUUGAAUGUCAUUAAUAAUGCAGAAAUUGUGGAAGGUGUAGAAAGUAUGGAAAACGUGGAAAGCGUGGAAAGUAUGGAAAACGUAGAAGAUGUGGAAAGUAUGGAAAACGUGGAAAGUGUAGAAAAUGUCAAGAAUGUAGUAAGUGUAAUAAGUGCAGAAAAUGCAGAAAAUGUACAAAAUUUAGACAUUGCAGAAAAUGUACAAAAUGUAAACAUUGCAGAAAAUGUACAAAAUGUAGACAAUGUAGAAAAUAGAGAGAAUGCAGAGAAUGUAGAAAUUAUAGAAAAUGUAGAAAACGUAGAGAAUUUAGAAA